AAACGAGACCGAACGAAACGAAAUAUGGGCAAUUCGCAUUGGUCUUUUAUCGCGACUUUCAAGCCAUUUUGGCGCACCGAAGUCGCUACCAUGGAGUAAGCACAAUCCAAAGGCAGAGAUACAUAUAUACAUAAAUAUGUACAUCGUCAAAAGCCUCGACGUUCUCAGUCUCUUGCGCUCGUAUGCGAGAUAUGCGCAAGAUUGCGCAAGAUCACGCAAGAUGGACCAAGAUGGACGAGCUGGGCGGCUCGGCAGAGAGAGAAGUAAUCAAAUUUGGGCGUGAACUAAGAAAAGAGGAACGCGGUAGUCCAAUGGAUGAAGAAACGAUAAAACCAAAGGACGAGGCGGAGAACAAUGGCUUGGAUGGCAAUGUGGUAUUAUGUUCCGAAAACUUAGAAGAUAAUGAGCGCAAAAUUAUGAAGGGUGACGCAGUGGGAGAUACAAUGUAUAGUGCAUCCUGGAUACUUCGUACCAUCAUAUCGUUAACAAAGGCAGAGGACGUAAAAUUUACGGAUACUCUAGAAAUUGAGCUAUGUUCUUUAUGGGAUAUGACCGCUCAGGAGGAUGUCGUUACAUUCUUAUUAGACAAUAACUUUCUGGAUAUAGCAGAACACGUAUUGCGGUCAUCCAAAAAUAAUAGAUUAACGGAAAUCAUUCUAGGGAUCAUUGGCAAUAUGUGCUGCCAACCGGUGGUAUUGAGGGAUGUUGGUAAUCGGAAAAAUCUUGUCGUGGCAAUAUUAGAUCUGUUGACAUCCGACGAUACCGAGACUUUGAUUCAAGUUCUUAGAAUUGUCAGAGCAGCUACCUGGGACGUGCAGAGAAAUGACGAAUCGGCAUGGCUGGAGAAUAUAAGAGCAUGUCAAUUCUUUGGGGAAGCACUUCUUUUCCUCCUGCAAAGCUCUACCAACGAGAACUUAUUGACCACCGCUAUAGAUUUACUGAAAUCAAUUUCCUCGAUCAAAUUGCCAAAUGGCUCGAACUUGUUAUUUAACUUAGUUAACAUCGAAGGAAUAAUACCUGCUUUAUUUGAAUCGGCGGCUCAAGUGAUCUCGGAGCAAGGAUUUUACUUGCAAAGUCAGCAGAGGAAGAUAAGAAAUUGGCUUGCCGUUUUACGCAGUAUAGUGCAAGACCAUCAAUUUGCUAUUAAGAAAGAUGAGCCGGAUGAAAGUUCACAAUAUGGAUUAAAUCUCUUACUAAAAAUAUUAGAACCUUACGUACACUCUGAAAAUCUGUUUCCAAUGGAAGAAGAGACUGCUCUCUGCAUUUCGGAUUGCGUCGAAAUAUGUCUAUGGUUUCAGAAAAAGGGUGCCAUCGUAUCCCCUCUAUUGGUUCAUGUAAUUCUAUCGAUAUUACUAAUCCUUAAAUCAGCCGUGGCAACCGAUACGGAAAGUCUUAGACGAUUUCACUUAAAUCACGAAGAACAUUUUGAAGAACCCGAAGAACUGCUCAACAGAGAAUUCUCUAAGGAACUUUUGCAAUACCUGGAAAACUAUUGGGUAGACACCGUUGGUACAUAUAACAAGGAUAUGCUUACAAAAUGUUUAAAAUUAUGUUCAAACGAGGCGGUGAAGUCCCUGGUACAAAUCAUUGAACGUAAUCCCAAGUCUUCAAAGACGAUCGUAGAGAAGCUUCGUGCCGUUAUUUAAUUAUUUCAAUAAAUCUAAAUUAAGUGAUUACAUAUUUCAAUAAAUUAUUUGUAUAAAGCAAAA